AUGGCCGGCCUAUUUGCUGACUCUGGGGUCAGCACAUUCCUUCCUGACGACAUUGCCCCGGAAAAAUUCAACGGUUAUGUUCUGGAUCAUGUCAGCAUCGCAAGCCAUCCAAGCCCCUUCAUCUCCACAUUUCGGUCUAUCCUAGCCCCCAUCCACCGAGCACUGUGGGGGAAGGAAGGUGCUAGGGUCUCCAUCAUCGAUGCAAGGAAGCUUACAGGCCCGGUGUACUUCGCCAAAUCCCUUGUACAGCAGAACAAGAUCCAAAUCCCGGGCUACAGUGGCAUAGGAGAAUAUCUUAUAUGGGGAGAGAUUCAAACGCCUGCGAUAAUCUGCUCAUUCAAGAUCUCUACGCUCAUCCAGAUUGCGCAAGAGAAUGAAGAUAUCGGCAGAAUUCUGCAACUUGACAAAAUCGCCUCCUAUAGACGUGUUCGGGGAAAGCUACGAACAGUCCUUUCGAAAGAGAUCGAUAGUAUGAAUUUGGAUCACGCUUCUGGUGUCAGCUUGGGUAAAUUGCUCCAUCUGAUCAAUGUGCCCCAGGCAUAUUAUCAGAGGGUCGGCGAGGGCCUCCUCAAGUCAUGGCAACUACGGAAGCAGGGAGACUGGCAGGAAUUUCACCAAGGGCUUGAAGUUGGGGUUUUCACCCGAGCUCUGGCCAAGGGAAUUAAUACAGAUUAUCUUGUUCAGCAUGACACCGUUGUGCAUGAAGAAGAGGAAGAGGAAUUCGAAGAGAUAGAAGGAGACGACAAAGACAAAGAGGAAGACAAAGACGGAGACGAAGAAGAAGAAGAUGAUGAUGAUAGUGACGACAUUCAGUCCGUCUUUGAUACGCCUUGUCCAGUUCGACUAGCAUAUUCUGUCUCAUCUAUCACGCCCCCGGACGCUCGGCGCGUCAAUCGAAUUGAGCUCUAUAAUCCCGUUACCAGAAACUGGUCUCUGGCCGAAGAAUCAUCCACCCCUACCGAAGUCGAGUCUUUCUCUCAAGGAUCCAGCGUGAUUGUCUUGGAAGACUUCGAAGAAGAAAUUGAAGAGCUUGGGGAUAUGAUCAUGGGGGAGGAUAUCUCUGAUCUGUCUACACCCGAGCACCCACCCAAGGAUCGAUUGGCCUCAGAUCGCGAGAGGAUUAAGCGUUUUCUAAAGUGA